AUGGCAAGCGGUGAACCACAGCAACAACAAACCCAACAAGUGCAGCAGCAAGCACCUGCAACGGUGAUCACAUCGAGUGUAGAAGAACCGUUGGACUUGAUAAGACUGAGUCUUGACGAGCGUAUUUAUGUGAAAAUGCGUAAUGAUCGUGAGGUGCGUGGCCGUCUUCACGCGUUCGACCAGCACUUGAAUAUGGUUCUGUCACAAGUUGAAGAAACAGUGACAACGGUAUAA